AUGGAGUCGACUACGGCCGAGUCGCCAGUACCCGCCGGUGCUCUCACCCCCAAUUCGAAACCCGUUGACACUAUUCCGACUCCGAUAUCAUCGGCACACAAAAUGAGCCAAACGCCUUCCCCUUCUUCGACCAGCAGCAUGAGCUUCAACAAUCCCGCCGUGCAAUCGAAGCGGCUGCCCCGAAAGAGCACCCUCACGCAACAGCAGAAAAACCAGAAGAGGCAACGUGCGACCCAGGAGCAGCUCACCAUCUUGGAGAUGGAGUUCAACAAAAAUCCUACGCCCACUGCACAGGUCCGAGAACGAAUCGCCGAGGAGAUCGACAUGACCGAAAGGUCUGUCCAGAUUUGGUUCCAGAAUAGGCGCGCCAAGAUCAAGCUCAUGGCUAAGAAGAGUCUCGAAACAGGCGAGGACUUUGACUGCAUUCCCGAAUCCAUGCGGCAUUACCUCGCUAUGCAAGCCAUGGAGUCCGGCAAGGGGCUCGGCGGGCAUUUUCUCGGCCGCAACGGACUUCACCCCUAUGGCUCCGGCAACAUGCUUCUUGGCGUUGAGCAAAAUAGUGGCAAAGUUUUGAUUCAUCACCUGAGCAGCAGGUCCCUGAACAUCGGCAAGUGGGCGCGUGUGGCACAGAGCACCAUGGAUCUGAUCAUCUUCUACUCUCCCGACAAGUGCACCAUGACCUACUACAUCCACAAUGAACAGGCUGGCUACAAAAUUGAGUAUCCGUUCGCCUACAUCAGGAACAUUUACCUCGAGAACCAAGAAGGCGACCCGAACAAGCCGAGCGGCAUCGUCAUUGAGCUGAACCGGCCGCCCCAUUUCUUCAUGGACUCGACCCCGACCGCCAGCGGCUUCUUUGAGGUUGAGGAUUUCACCGAGGACAAGCAAGCGAGUCGAUGCUUGGUUCACCACCUCGGCGGCAACCCCAAGGUUCUGAGCGGCCAGCUAGCCAAGCUCGUGUCGCUUGAGUCGUUCAUGAAUCGCAAUAACCCGACUCCGUAUUUCGAGCAUCCCGCCACGCUAUCGGUGUCCGCUCCCGUGUCUCCCACGGCCCGGCCGUCGUCGCAACCCAACUUCGUGCAGCCGCACGUAGGCAUGUUCCAGGAGUCUUGGGGCAUUGGGAACGUGCAGCCUGGAAUGCGUGGCCCUGGCCAUAAGAGGCAGCGCAGCCGAUCCGUGCCCAUGGCUGUCGAUUUCUCCAUGUUGCAGACCCCAAUGCCGUCCUUCUACAUCCAACAACCGGGCGACGUGGCACCGCAACCCCACCACCCGGACAUUUACCCCAACAUCCACGCGCCCAUCCCGCAGCAGCCCAACAGCGGCCUAGGCCCCAACCUGAGGAUAGACACGCAAGCUGGGUUUGGAUUGGACAUGCGGCAGUAUCCCAUGUCGGCUACGACCGCGUCUCCAUCCGAGUUUCCGGCGAGCCCCGGCUACUACUCCCAGGGCGCCGAACAGAGCCCAUUGCCAGUGACGUCCAACUACAACACGCCAUAUGGCGGCACCUUCCUUUCGCCCAUGCCCCAUACGGCCAACCUGGUUGCGCCAUCGGUCUCCCCCUUUGCGAACCACGGCGAACCUUCGAUUGUUGAACAGUCGCCGCCACUGGCCAUGAUGGGCCGCCCGGCCUCGGCCGACAUGUACCGUCAUCACGGUGAUAACUCCUGCGCCGUGUCGGAUGACGGCGGUAGCCUGAACGAGAUGUACUCGAAACAUAGCAUCAACCUCCCCAUGCACGCAGGCUCUCCUUCAAACCACGAGACCUCACAGGCCGAAUUGGACAUGAAUCAACUCGUUCAAUUCGAUCAGGCCGAGGCCGCUUCGCUGUCCCCCGAGCCGAUGAGCCAGAUGGCGCAGCAGCCCACACAGUGA